GUAGAGGUAAAGUGAGAGCCGACGACAGCAGACUGGCAGGCGGUGUGCGGUGGGCAGGACCAGACUACCGUUGGCCAGACCCGCUCGGCAGUUCCGUGUGGCAACAGGCGCGAGGCGGAGUACUUUUGCGGGUGUCGGUAACUCGGUGUGGAAUCUACCUGAAACUUUGAUCAGCCUGGGUGCCAGGUAGGGCUGUGGUGACAACAACGAUGGGCAGUCCUCAUAGGACAGUACCUGCCGAAGUAAACAUAUCUGGCUGACCAGAGGAUUACCACGAUGUCCUUCGAUAAACAGGCGCAGGUGCACGGGGGCCCAGUGGCUCAACCCAGUGAGUUCGAGGCCAAGUAUCGCCCGGCUUUCAUUUGUCACUUACCUCCUCUUAGCGCCUCGUUGCCUGCCUUCAGUGAGCGGCCGAGGAUUGUCGAGCAGGCUUCCUACACCAAAGCCGCGCCAGUCAAGGAGAAGAAGUACUUCCGGCGGGUCAGCGACUCAAUAGGCAACAACUACAGUCCUGGUGCAAACAAAUUUACCACCUCAUUAAUCUACAACACUACAAGGGGAGCAUACACAGUGGAAGAAAGCUAUUUUCUCUCGCCUCGCAAGCCGCCACGACCCAGGAGUCCAGUCCUCAUUCAGAUCCACCCCGACAAGAGGCGGCGCUACUCCUUGGAGUCUGUAGAUCCCCACCUGUGCAUACUCGGAGAAGCAGCCAAACCAGCCAAACCCAACAACAGGGACAGUCUGAACGCAACACCUGUCCUGCCGCCAAUAACUAAUGGACACGCAGCGCGCGCUGAGGAACAGAACGGAGUUACCAUAGAUACCAUCCAUGGUAAAGACCCCGAAGAUGUCGCGGAGGAUGAAGACGAGCUUGGUAAGAACGAAGAGGAUGAGGGGUGA